AUGUAUCUUAAUAUGACUCUUUGUGUAGAUGAGGCUUUUUCUGAAUUAGCCGCCUUUGCACCAACACUUGUGGCUAUUUUACCCCCAACCACAGAAGGUGUCGGUGAUUGGAUAUUUGUAGAGUCUGUAGAGAAUAGACCCAUAAUAGAGAAACUCUUCUCACAGUUGCAGCAAACCAGUGCCAACACAAAUGGUUAUAAUGAAGUGAUGGACUCCGCCUUGUGGUUUGUUUGUUUAAUUGAUGUAACGGCAACAUUGCGUAAGCCGUGUGUAGCUGAUUUUAAACUUGGAUUUGUACGUCAUUCUCCUCAAACCCCAGAAGAGAAACUGGAACGUAUUCGAAAGAAGCGAUUUUUACAGCCGCAUGCACUUCGUCUUUGUGGAGCUCAUCACUAUGUAUACCGUCAUGGUGUUAAUAAUGAAAAGGAUUUAGAAGUAGAGUGGUGUGAAAAAGAUAUGGGGUACGCUUUAGAAACAGAAGAAGAUUAUCGUCGUGUCCUUCAUGCCUUUUUUUCAUCCACGAAAAGUAUGCACUCAGGUGAAACAGUGAAAUCAGCUAAUAAUAAUAAUAAUAAUAAUAAUAAUAAUAAUAAUAAUAGUGAUGUAUUCCAUAUGGAAGCACGGUUACAGUCGUGUCGUCGAGGUGUGGAAAAGUUGUUCUCUCUUUUCACUUCUUCUGUUGGUCGUGCGCUGUUGGAGAAAACAGCAUUUGUUUCAACGUCCCUUCUUUUAGUGUAUGAUGCCAUUGAUGGCGAAAAGAGUGAUGCUUCUUCAGAUAAAGGUGAUAAAGUUUUUGUCUACUUAAUUGAUUACGCGCGUUCAAGUGAUCGUCGGUUAAACUAUACGGAAGAGACUAUUGGAUUUGUGCGUGGGAUGGAGAGCUUAAUACGGUUUCUUUCAUGA